AUGUUUAUUCAAAAAUCUGAUAAGUAUUAUGAAUUAAUCUCAAAAAUAAGAAAUUACGCAAAUCGCGUGGCAAAAUCACAAAGAUUGAUUUACAUUAUAACUGGUUAUCCAGGUGUAGGAAAAGGAACUCACGUGCAGUGGUUAUCCAAAGAUUUGAACCUAUUUCCUAUUUCUACUGGUGAUAUUAUUCGUAGAAAAAUAAAAAAACUUAAAGAACAAUCUAGUUCGUUUGAGUUACAAAUUAUUGACAAGAUGAACAAAGGUGAAUACAUUACAGAUGAUCUGGUGAUUAAAAUGGUCGAAGACGAGCUUAAAAAUAUUCCUGGAUCAUUAGGAAUUCUUUUUGAUGGAUUUCCCCGUACGCUUAAUCAAGCCAAGGCUUUGACAGAAUUGCUGCGUAAGUACAAUUUGGAAGUAACUUUGGUGUUCUUUUUAAAAGCUUCAAAAGAAACAGUAAAAAGAAGAAUUUGUGGAAGAUUAAUUCACGAACCAUCUGGCAGAACAUAUCAUAAAAUAACUAGACCUCCUAAAGUGACCGGUUUAGACGACGUGACUCAUGAACCAUUAAGUCAGAGAUCAGAUGAUAAACCAGAAAUAGUAGACCAACGAAUCAAAGUUUUCAAUGAAACUGUCACUGAUGUGUUGUCGUAUUACGAUAAUCUAAACAUACUUAUUACUCUGAACGCAGAUGAGGAAUAUAACGAAGUACGUGCUGAUAUCGAAGAUUUGUUCUAUCUAGCUAAUCGAUACAAAAGUCAUGACGGCAUUUAA